GCCCUGCCGGUCCUUAUGUAGCCACACGGUAAUCAAGACAGUCCGGCGCUUUGCACUAUCUACACAGACGCAUGUGUUGCCGAAUAUUACCAAGCGACUGCAAGCAUAGACAACCGGUAAACAACUACCUUUCGCAAUGGCCACCAACUCCCAAUUCUAUACCUACGUUAGCCCUGGCGAGGGUUACGAAGACGCCCUUCCAUUGCCUAACGAGCUCGACGAAGAUGGGAAAAGCUUUAAGAACCCGCCACGAGAGGGCCUGAGCAAGGCUUACGAGAUUUUUCCGGUCCCAUUGGACAAUGGACACAGAGGAGGCUUCGAUGUCCAUAUUUAUCAUUUUCAAACCAACCCCGAGCAAGUCAAAUAUGCCAAGAAUCUCUGGGAGCGCAUUCGACGAGAGUUCCCUGAACUGAGAAUUUAUCGAUUUUGGGAGAAGCCAGUUGGUCCACAUCCCGUGGCCAUGUUCGAAGUCAAUCUUUUUACGCCGGCCCAGUUCGGCGCCUUCGUUCCGUGGCUGGCCAUCUACCGAGGCCCCUUGUCUGUCCUCAUUCACCCCAAUACGACCGAGGAGGGAUUUGACCACAACGCUACUGAGCUGCGCAACCACACCCAGAGAGCUAUCUGGAUGGGUGAGAGGCUGCCAUUAGACACGUCAGUUUUCUACCGCACCCAGCAGUAACCAAUCCUUCGUGAAGAUACGAAUGCCGGUAUCCGUGUGCAACAAUUGUUUCGUGUGACAUAACAUCGGCUCUUGGAUUUUCCGGUUGUAGUUCUACGCAGAGGCGGUGGUUUGGUACCGGCAAACGUAGAGAAGGAUUUAGAACAGACUAGAGAUCGGAGGUCGCGGUUGGCGGUGACCAGAAUGGUCACGUGACACAGCAUGGUCGGUGCGGUCAUGACGUAACUUCUAUCUGUCAGCUUGUGAAGCGGGCAAGUUCGAGUUAAGUCCAGGCA